CGUUGUGGAGAAAGGGAGUAAACUUCUACUCUAGUUCCUGAUCAUUUCCUCCUCUUUCUUUCCCUAUUUAUUCUGCUCAGUCACUCACUUUCUCAGCUGAUCCAAGCUAUGGCAAGGGCGUGGCUUGUUACAGGCAGAGGAAUCGCCACGAAAAUAAAGAACGGCAGCAGCAGCAGCCAUCAAAUCAGACAAUAUGCCGACGUUGAAGCCAAUAUGAAAUGCCCCAAUUGCAACCACCUCAUCGACAACAGUGACGUUACCCUGGACUGGCCGGGCUUUCCGGCCGGCGUCAAGUUCGAGCCGUCGGACGCCGAGCUGAUUGUGCACUUAGCGGCGAGGAUCGGGCUCCACGACGACUCAAAGCCGCCGCCGCACAUCCUCAUCGACGAGUUCAUUCCCAUGCUGGAGGACGGUGCAGGAAUCUGCUACACUCAUCCUCAGAAUCUACCUGGCGCUAAGAAAGAUGGAAGCAGCGUUCAUUUCUUUCACAGAGUAUCGAAUGCGUACGCCAAAGGCCGACGCAAACGGCGGAGGAUAAGCCAUGAGGAGCAAGUGAGGUGGCACAAAACAGGGAAGACUAAACGCGUGUUCCAUGCGUACAUGAAUGGUGUUCAGAUCAAAGGAUGGAAGAAGAUCAUGGUCCUCUACACGAAUGCUAAAGGAGCUGCCGCCAGACCUGCAAGCAAAGCUAAGUGGGUGGUGCAUCAGUACCACAUUGGACCUGAGGAAGAUGAACUGGAAGGUCAACUUGUGGUUUCGAAAGUCUUCUACCAACAGUCAGCUGCAACUCACGGUGAGGAAAGUGAAAUGCUGGGCAUGAGAGCUGAUCCGAGAACCCCAAACACAAGCACUCCACAGCCACCCCGGCUUUCGAAGGAGGGUUCUCACAAGGAGGACAUUAAUGGAUCAGACUCUUUACAGUUCCUGCUGAAUCAAGUGUGUAAUUUUCAGGAUGAAUCUCCUCCCCUGUCAUUGCAGUGCCAUGAGCAUUCCUUUCCUAUUGACUCACACUUCGACUCUAGAAUUAACAAUGAUGAAGCCAUUAGCACAGCUCAGGAAAUCUCUGAUCUUGAUCACAACAUAUUGAUGGAUACACCUCUGGAUUUUCAGCUUACUGAUUUGCAAUUUGGUUCUUCCCAAGAAAGCACAAUGAGUUGGCUGGACAAAUUACUAGACUGAUCAAAUUAAAGUUGUCCCGUUGAAGGAUAUAUCGGAUCCUGUUUUGUGUCAAUUUCUCGCCGUUCUUGAUUCUCUCAUGGUCGUCAUGUGGUGUAUUAAUUGCAUAUAGGAUUGAUUUUUGUAAGAUCGGAUUCUAACUUGUGAUUGUUAAUUUGUAACAUUUUAAGUUCUCUGCCAGAGAUUUGCUUAGGUUAUGUGUGAUGAUGGAAUUCUUAAUGAUAAAUCUUAUA